CUUCCUUUGCUUCUUCCUUCUCUUCCGUUACAAAGAAAACACCAAAACUUUGAAAAAAUAUGUUGUGUAUCCAAUGAUUGGGUUUUAGCUUACUACUUCGAGAGAGAUUACAUAAGCAAAAAAAAAAAGAAAAGAGAGAGCGUGAAGUUACAUUAUAGAGAAAAGAAAACCAAAAAAAAAACAUGAAGUCUUUUUGUGAUAAUGAUGAUAAUAAUCAUAGCAAUACGACUAAUCUGUUAGGGUUCUCAUUGGCUUCGAAUAUGAUGAAAAUGGGAGGAGGAAGAGGAGGUGGAGAAGCCAUUUACUCAUCUACAACUUCUUCGGCUGCAACUUCUUCUUCUUCUGUUCCUCCACAACUCGUCGUUGGUGAUAACAGUAACAACAACAACUAUGGUGUUUGCUAUGGAUCUAACAACUCAACUGGUGAAAUCUAUUCUCACAUGUCUGUGAUGCCACUCAGAUCUGACGGUUCUCUUUGCUUGAUGGAAGCUCUCAACAGAUCUUCUCACUCAACUCAUCAUCAAGAUGCAUCUCCAAAGAUGGAGGAUUUCUUUGGGACCCAUCAGAGCAACACAAGUCACAAAGAAGCCAUGGAUCUUAGCUUAGAUAGUUUAUUCUACAACACCACUCAUCACGAGCCGAACACGGCUACGAACUUUCAAGAGUUCUUUAGCUUCCCUCAAACCAGAAACCACCAUGAGGAAGAAACAAGAAACUACGAGAAUGACCCUGGUUUGACGCAUGGAGGGUCUUUUAAUGUAGGGGUAUAUGGGGAAUUUCAACAGUCGCUGAGCUUAUCCAUGAGCCCUGGGUCACAGUCAAGUUGCAUCACUGGCUCUCACCACCAUAACCACCAAACCCAAAACCAACACCACCAAAACCACCAAAGCCAAAACCACCACCAGAUCUCUGAAGCUCUUGUGGAGACAAGUGUUGGGUUCGAGACGACUACAAUGGCGGCUGCGAAGAAGAAGAGGGGACAAGACGAAGUUGUAGUUGUUGGUCAGAAACAGAUUGUUCAUAGAAAAUCUAUCGACACUUUCGGACAACGAACUUCUCAAUACCGAGGCGUUACAAGACACAGAUGGACUGGUAGAUAUGAAGCUCAUCUAUGGGACAAUAGUUUCAAGAAAGAAGGCCACAGCAGAAAAGGAAGACAAGUUUAUCUUGGAGGUUAUGAUAUGGAGGAGAAAGCUGCUCGAGCAUAUGAUCUUGCUGCACUCAAGUACUGGGGUCCCUCUACUCACACCAAUUUCUCUGUGGAGAAUUAUCAGAAAGAGAUUGAUGACAUGAAGAACAUGACUAGACAAGAGUAUGUUGCGCAUUUGAGAAGGAAGAGCAGUGGUUUCUCUAGGGGUGCUUCCAUCUACAGAGGAGUCACAAGACAUCACCAGCAUGGGAGGUGGCAAGCUCGGAUUGGUAGGGUUGCUGGGAACAAAGAUCUCUAUCUUGGAACUUUUGGAACUCAAGAAGAAGCUGCAGAAGCCUACGAUGUAGCAGCAAUCAAGUUCCGUGGGACAAACGCUGUGACUAACUUUGACAUCACGAGGUACGAUGUUGAACGUAUAAUGUCUAGUAACACACUUCUGUCUGGAGAGUUGGCUCGGAGGAACAACAACAGCAUCGUCGUCUGCAACAAUGAUGACGAAACCGCUCUAAACGCUGCUGUGGACGGUGGUUCUAACAAGCAAGCGAGCAGUCCCGAGAGAGUAUUGAAUUUUCCGGCGAUAUUCGCGUUGCCUCAAGUUGGGCCGAAGAUGUUCGGAGCAAACGUUGUCGGAAACAUGAAUCCUUGGACUUCAAACCCUAAUGCUGAGCUUAAGACCGUUGCUCUCACUUUGCCUCAGAUGCCGGUCUUCGCUGCUUGGGCUGAUUCUUGAUUGAAUCUAGAUGACUAACUCUGGUUUUUUUCUUGGUGUAGUUGCCAAGUGUUUCGGUUUAUCUCCGGUUUUUACCCGGUUUGAAUUACAAUUCGGUUUAGUUUCAUCGGUAUAAAUAGUAUUGUGCUUAGGAGCGGUAUAUGUUUCUUUUGGGUAGUAUUCAUGUGAAAUAGAAUGAAUCUCUCUAUAACAUAUUAUUUAAAUGAAAUCUCCUUUGCUA